CCUCUUUUGAAGAAGCAUGGCUGAUAUUCUAGCUAACUCAUCCUCCUCCACAGCCUCUUCCUCAGCCAAGACGGUGGCCCUCGACACUUACGGUGCCAGCGGUGCCUCCACGCCGGGUGCCAAUCACAGCGAAGUUGUUUUGUCUCUGACGGCCAUGUCUCCUGGCACCAUCCACGACUCGACGCCGACGGGCAAGGAGGAUUACCAGACGAACGUGGAUGACGACGAGACCAGCCUCGUCAUCUCCAACGCUGCUCCCCGUACGCCCUCCUACGCCCAGAACCCGAGCGCCCACACGCCCGCAAGCGUCGCGCCCCGCCAGAACGGGGAUCUCACAAGGAGUCCGAGCUUCGUGGCCCAUUCCGGCUCUCCCGAAGGCUCCCCGACGGACGGCGCCUCCCCCCUCCCGCCGCAGGAUCUCGUCGCUUCGCCGCAGGAGAGCUUGAUUGCGCCCCCGACGAACCCUGAAGUAUGCUCGCUCACCUCGAGUAUCUACGACGCGCUGCCCUACGACGCGCUGCCCUGCGAGGCCCAGCCCCUACUUCUGCAGCGGGACGGCUGCGUGGCGGACGACCAGAUCUCCGUGUUCUCCCACCAGAGCGACUACUCCCAGGGGCACGCCCGCCCGCCCUCCGCCAACGCCCACAGUCGCCAGCUGCGUCCUAACCACGUACCCGCCCCGCCACCCGUCCCUGAGCUGUGCAGUCCCGACCACGCCGAGGACCCCGCCACCCCCUCCGACCCCGCCCCGUCGCCCCCGCGCCCCUUCGCAAGCCCUUCCGCGAGCCAGGGGACCACGAGUCAAGCCCCCGCCCCUGUCACCUCCAGCCAGACAGUCAACCCUGCCAAGCCAAGCCACUCUCUCGAGUCUCCAACCCUGGCACCGCCUGGCGCAGCCCCCACGCCGCCCCACGACACGCCUCUCCCUGCCCCUCAAGCACCGCAACGCCAGGCCGACGUCCCAGCGUCUACGCACCACAGCCCCGUCUUGACGUCGGCGCAUCUCACGCCCGUGCCCGCCUCGUCGCAUCAUAUUCUGGCGGCAUCACACUCAUCCCAUAUGCCGGCUUCAUCUCACCACACGCAUGCCCCCGCCAUGCCCUACCACACCCAUGUCCCUGCCAUGCCACACCACUGCCACGUCCCUACGUCGGCGCACCUCGUCCCUGUCUCGCCCCCCGCGCAUUAUACCCAAGUCAUGGCCCCCCCUCCAUACUCCCCCGCCCCCUCCCCUCCGACGUCGUACUUCGCCUCAAUCCCUGCCCACCACGUCUCUAUGAACGCCCCCCACUACAGCGUCUCGGCGUCGGUCCCCCUGUCAGCCUCCUCUCCGGUCUCAAUGCCCCCUCCUCCAUACCAGUUCGCCGCCCCUGCCCCAGUAUCCGUGGCUGUUCUUAACCCACAGCAGCGCACCCCCGCCCCCUGGCACCAUGCGCCCCCGCUGGCCCAGCCCCCCAUGCCCUGCCCUUACCACCACGCCCAGAAGCAGCAGCAGCAACCUGGUCAGGACGCCGGCCAGUACCAGGGCACAAUGCCUCCCGAGCAGCUCGCGCGCCCCAAGAACCAGCACGACGCUUGGUAUGGCCUCAGCGGCGGCUUGCCCGAUCCUCCCCUCGCUUACGCCACUCUGGGGCCGCAGGGCCGCCGGGGUGCGCCCUCGCAGUUCGCCAGUCUGCAGCGCCCCCGCCCGGCCUGCACUCACGCCCACCAGAGCCCCCCGAGUCAGCUGCGGGCGGCCCAGCGCCCCUUCACCCACGACGAGGACUGCGAGCGGCGCACGGCCUCCGUGGGCCACCAGAGCGCCCCGCACCACAUCUCCGGAGCCUCCUGCCGCCGAAGCAGUUUCCACGGCUCGCUCCAUCGGGAGCCGCCCGCACACGCCCCUCAGCCCGCCCCUCAGCCCGCCCACCGGAUAGAAAACCAGGGAAAGAAUGACCCGCAUGGGCUCCCGCCUUCCAGCGCCCCCCGUGGCAAGCCGGCCUCUCCCCAGGGCUCCUUCAGAAGUCCCGCGAGCAGCCCCGUGUCCGCCCCCGCGCCCCGCUCCUCGCCCGAGGCCAGAACCGCCUUCACGCCCGUGAGGCGCCCGCGCUUCCCCCACGACUUCGUGCGCCACGGAGGCUCCUUCAAGGGGCGGCCGUCGGCCAAGGGCGAGGAGCCGCAGGCGGACAGCGUCGCCAUGACCAGCAGCGCCAGCAAGAGAUAAGUGUUGCCACGCCGGCGACGGAUCUCAAGCCAGCGGGCGACCUUGCCAGUGUUCCGCGCAGAUAUAUUUAUCUGUUCAUUAUUACUUUGAACGUGAUGACCCUGAAGAAUACUUGAGCAUUUUUACUUUCCAGUGCGUGGCUGCUAUAACUUCGGACACCAAAUUUUUAAUCGCUAUGUUAGUGAUUAAUUAUAAGUAUUAAAAAAAUCAAUUACCCAUGAAGGGUUUUAUACUCUUUGAAACCUGUAGAGCCCUACAACCAUGGACACCUUACGCUGUCAGAGCCAGCUUAAACACUAUACCCCAAGGACACUUUGGCCAUGGCUCUGCAGGUCAGGAAUCAAUUCCCGUUAUUAAGUGAAACGCUGUGAUACGUGACAGUUAAAUCUCUAGCAGUAAGUGUACGAAAAUGUAUCCAGAGUGGUGCGAGGAGAAAAUGACAAUACCUACACUAAAUGUAUAUUCUCUCACUACAUAUCAGAGAAUGAAGAUGAGAGAAAAAGAAUGAGGUUGUCAUGGUAACAUCACAACAGAGGAUGAUGAUAUCCACCAAAGACAUUCCUUCCAUUAACCCAUGAUAUUUGCAAAUAUUUUUGUACAGACAAGAAGGCGUGGGCAGUGUGUAAGUGCGCCCUCACUCGGCAGUUGCCUUUAAUGGCAGUUGGUGUUUUGUAACGAAAAGAAGCAAAAACAAAAAUAUGAAUCAGUAAGUUUGGUGAAAAACCUGUUUAGAUUAUGAGUGGCUUGUUAUUACCAUAGCAACCAAGCUUAUCUCACCUCGCCUCCUAGCCCGACCAUCCUCGGUCUGUUCGUCUGUCUCUGCUUGUCACUCCAACUCACUGUCUGUCUGUUUAAUUCUCUCUCUUUGUCGGUGCGUUUCUCUUUCCUUGUCCACUUGCAUGUCUUGCUUUCUAUC